AUGAAGUCGUCCACUGAAGUCGAGCGGUCGGGUCGCGAAAGCCCGGAGUCAUCAUCGCUACCGCCCGCCCGCCCGGCUUCAGCAACAGCGAUCAAGGAUGUUCCGUCAUCAUCGGCUAGAUCGGUUACACAACUUGUGGGCACCCCACGUUCGGUAAAAGCAUUAUCUCGCUGUACCAAGUGCCCUGGUGACCUCUCUAGCCAACUUCAAAAAAUCGAUGCCCGGGCAUCUUCCCAAAACGUGCAAAGUCGUUGCGGCCAACAAUCUACUAGUGAACAUUCACGAUCGUCACGUUCGUCCGCCACCGUCCGUGCACAGAAGUUGGCCGUCGAAGCAGAAGUCUUACGGUGCCGAGUUGCCCGUGAGCGUGAACUCGCGCGUCUUCAGGCGAAACGCGAGCAGGAGCUCGCUCGCUUGGAAUCUGAGGCGGAGGAGAGAGAGCUGCAAGCCAAACUCGCUGCACUGGAUGCUAAAGAUAAGUCUCGUAGCUCAUGUUUUUCUAAUCGCGAUACUGAAAUACGUACUGCGACAUGGGUUUCAGAACAAAAUGCAAACAUGACCAUGGCAACACAUGUCGACAUACCUGGUAAGCCACCGACUGUCACCUUGGAAAAUACCCAGGGACUCAGUCUACAGUCGGCUGUCUUUACCAACGCGGUACCGUCUCAUGAACCAUAUGUCAACCAUGCAAACCAUUCGAAAUCCACACAUGUCAUUAGCAACGAAGACUGUGCAACAGUGGCACUGCAACGCUUACAACCUGAUCGUCCAUCGGCAGAUCCUAUAGUACAGCUCACUCAAGCUAUUACUAGUUUAUCUAACUGCCCAAAGAAACCAGAACUCGUCAUUUUCUCGGGCGAAAUUAGUCAAUGGAUGGCCUUUAAAAGUAGUUAUGAAAGAACUAAAUCUAGUUUUUCCGCAGCAGAAAACCUCACACGGCUGAAUAAUGCGGUUCGCGGACCGGCAUACCAGGCCGUGGCGUCACUCCUGUGGACUUCUUGUGACCCACAAGACGUCAUGAACGCAUUGGAGCAAACGUACGCCCGACCAGAACUCCUCGUUGCUCGCGAGGUCGCCGAGCUACGCAAUAGCCCUAAGUUAAGUUCCCCUGAACAAUUAAAUACAUUAGCAAAUAAAUUACGUAACUUUGUAGUUACUUUAAAAUUAUUAAAACAAAAUGAUUAUCUAUAUUCACCAGAGCUAUUUCGCACUAUUCUACUCAAAUUAACCGAAUACACGAGAGCUCGUUUUACAGACUUUGCCUCAACCUAUAUAUGUGAGCAACAAAACGUGGCAAAAUUAGACUUGCUAUCGCAGUUUUUGCUAGUAGAAGCCGAUAAGCAACUACGGUACAAUUUCGUACAGGACAGUACCAUUAAGCCACAAAAUUCAACGUACCCUUCUAAGUACAAUAAUAACAUAAAAAAGGAGACAGUACACGUAAUGACCCCUAGCAAUAAAGUAUCAGAGUGUACAUACUGCAAACAAGGUAGUCACAGUAUAAAAUCCUGUAAAAUAUUUUUAUCUCUCACAGUAAAUGAUAGAUGGCGUUGGGUUCGAGACGCGAAGGUAUGCUACCGCUGUCUUAAAUCAAAUCCACGUAAAUGGACUAAUUGUCGUAGUAAACGUUGUGGUGUUGACAGAUGUACAAGACGCCAUAAUUCGCUUCUUCACGGUACCACGCCUAAUGAGUCUGGAACUAACUUAGCGACCAACACCCAACGCACCCAAAUACUGACUGAUAAUUCAGAUGGCCCAAGCAACAUAGCUGAUAAGACAUGUAAAAAUGAACCGAUUAAAAUCACAAAUACGUCUGACAUUUUAAUCAAUGCAGCAGAUUCUUCUUCACGCCCACGCGGCCUCCUGAAAGUACUACCGGUUAUCCUCGAGGGCCCCGACGGCGAAUAUGAAACCACGGCGCUACUCGAUGAAGGUAGUACGGCGACACUAAUUGACGACAAGGUAGCGAUGCGUAUCGGCGCCAAGCCCACCCGUCAAGAGCGUCUUCGUAUUGAAGGUGUUAGCGGCAUGUCAAAAGAUGUAGAUGUUGGUUACGUGAACUUCUACAUACGUGGGCGUAACUUACCUGACCGCUACUUAGUGGAGCAUGCACGCGCAAUUAGCCCAUUAAGUCUGCGCGUCCGGAAAGAAAACAUCGUCAACUUUAUGAAGUACCAGCACUUAUCAGACCUAUCUAAUGAACUUUCCUACACUGAUACCAACCCAACUGUUCUUAUUGGAGCGCCCGACUGGUACCUAUCUGUAAGCCGCGAGGUAAGAUGUGGAAAGAAGAAUGAACCUGUUGCCUCUAAAACACUAUUGGGCUGGGUGCUCCACGGCGCACUGUCGGUUUCAUCUCAGCCGAUAGAAUUUGUCAACCAUAUCUGUGACCACCUAGACUCUCUUAUAAGAAAGCAGUACGAAAUUGAUUCCUUAGGUAUAAUGAAAAGCGUCUCACGCUUCAACAGUGAUGAUAAACGAGCGAUAGAUAUCAUCGAAACCUCGGCUCGUCAACUUGACGACAACCAUUACGAAGUCGGUUUACCUUGGAAAAAAGACUUACCAACUAUCAUACCUGAUAGCUACCCACAGGCAUUAUCUCGCUUCAGAGCUUUGGAACGACAAAUGUCUAAAGACCAAUCAUUUGCCGCAGCUUAUCAUGACUUCAUAAAUGGCAUUGUUACUAAAGGGUACGUCGAAGAAUGCGACCCAAAUACGUAUUAUAAACGAAUGCCAUCGAACGUUUCAUGUGUUAACCCGGACGAUACUAUUCCAAAGACAAAAGGUGUAAGCCUCAACAGCCUACUCCUACAGGGACCCGAUUUAUUAGGUUCUCUAUUAGACAAUUUAUUUCGUUUCAGAGAGGGCGCUGUGGCCCUAAAUGCCGACAUUAAAGAAAUGUUCCCUCAAAUAAAAAUCGCUAAAAAAGACAGAGACGCCCAACGCUUCUUGUGGCGUAACAAAAACGGUAUUCUCGUUGAGUACCGCAUGAAAGCUAUGAUAUUCGGCGCAGUGUGUAGCCCAUUCAUUGCACUUUACAUUAAGAAUAAAAAUGCAAGGAUAGCGGAAGCUAGAUAUCCUGCAGCAUGCAAAGCUAUAGUUGAAGAUCACUAUAUGGACGAUUACCUGGGUAGCCACCCUAAUGUCACUGAUGCCGCGCAGGUGGCAUCUGACAUAAUUAUGGUGCAUAAAGCAUGCGGUUUCGAAAUGCGAGCAUGGACUUCGAAUAAUUCACAAGCUCUCUCUCUUGUCCCCAAAGAACUCAGAAGUGAAGCAACCUCAGACGUAUACUUACCACCAAACAAUGAUGUUGGUAUUCUAGGCGUUAAAUGGAAUCCAUUCCACGACUCGUUCAGCUUUCGUACAGGACUUCAUAUGCCUGAUAUUUUAACUAAACGUAGCCUACUAUCUAGCGUUAUGAAAGUUUAUGACCCACUUGGCCUACUAACGCCUAUUAUAAUUUCGGGCCGUAUUUUGUUCCAGAAGUUAUGGCGAGAAGGCAUCGACUGGGAUACCCCAGUACCUAAUAAAUAUGUUUCUGAAUGUACAGAAUGGUUCACUCAAUUACAGAGUGCCGCUAGCAUCAAAAUUCCGCGUUGGUAUAUGUUUAAAUCAGAUCCAAUGGAUAUUCAGCUACACAUAGUGGCUGAUGGUGGUGAACAAGCAUACGCCUGCGUAGCUUACUGGCGUUUCAAUUACAAUGAUGGCUUCGUCUCUACAGCUCUUAUAGGUAGCAAAGCACCAUUGAAACCGCUCUCUAUUCCCCGCCUGGAGCUACAAGCGGCGCUUAUUGCUUCUCGAUUCGCACAAACUAUUUUACGCGCUCACCGUCUUAAACCCUCCGCAACUAUUUAUUGGACAGACUCCACCACCGUUCUUAAAUGGAUCCGAAGCGACGCUCGCACAUUUAAACCUUUCGUUGCUCACAGGUUGGGAGAGAUACUGGAAACCACCAAUCCGUCCAAUUGGAGAUGGAUUCCUACCUCUCUCAACGUAGCCGAUGAUGCUACUAAACCAAAGAAAAUAUUUUUGUCUCCUUCUCAUAGGUGGUUUACUGGCCCACCAUUUCUUUUAGAAUCACCAUUCUCUUGGCCGUGUGAAAUUACCAGAGACGAGGAUGAGACCUUACCAGAUUCCGAAUUAAAAUCAGAACUUGUGGGGCUGCUCUCCUAUGUCCCACUACCCUAUGUUCUAUGUUCUAUGUUCCCGUACCUAACGCUACGCGAUUCAGCUCGUGGCUACGUUUACUACGCACCACUGCCCGUGUUCUCCAAGGCGCACGACUUUUUCGGCUUAAAGUGUCUCGACCAAUAA